CUCUCUUUCUCUCACUCACUCUUCCCAAGAACAUCUCGGCUCCACCGACGGCCAUGGUCGUCGACGCUCGCCACGAUUCGUGCACGGCAGACAUGCCCUCCUCCUCACAAUUCCCCGCCCUCGUUCCAGACCUCCUCACCGCCCUUCGAGCACUCAGAGUGGCAAACCCAAAAGCCACCCGCUCAACUGUCCACAUCUACCCCGCCACUCUCUUUGCCAAGAAUGCUGCCACAGCUAAAGACCGCCAGAUCACAAGCUGGAAGAUGACCGAGCACAUGUACUUCAAGAAGGACAACGAGUUCCCCACUCUGGCUCGAGGCCUCUUCACUGAAGUCGUCAAUGGCAAAGCCCAAGUGCCCCCAGCUGCCUUGCCAACCUUCGGACCCGGUCCGGUCAAGGAGCGUAUUGUCGCAAGGGGGUAUGACAAGUUUUUCAACACUGGCGAGAUGGCUUGGACGAGCUGGGAGGCGAUUGAGAAACACUCCGAGCCUCCCUACCACCUCACUCUCAAGUCUAACGGCUGCCUAAUCCUCAUCUCGGCUCUAUCCCCAACAGAGCUGCUGGUCGCAUCCAAGCACUCGCUGGGCACCACCACCGAGACCAGCUUGCGCGACGUCGAGACCCAACUCAACAAUGUCAAACUCGACACCCCCUCCGAGGCCGCAACGCCCGCCGAGCCUUCCUCAAAAGCCCACGCCGAGGUCGGGCGCGAGUGGGUUGCGCGAACAUUGCAGCGUAGUGGAAAGACUACAGACGAGCUCGCCAAGAGGCUGUGGGACGAGAACCUCACCGCGGUCCUAGAGCUCUGCGACGAUUCCUUUGAAGAACACGUUAUCGCGACGCCCGAGUACUGGACCGGCCUUCACCUUCACGGUCUCAACUACAACACCCCGCUCUUUGCCACCAAGUCGCCAGACGACGUCGCAGCCUUUGCCGAAGAGUUCGGCUUCAUCCCUACCAAGCACAUCACCCUCACCUCUGUGCCCGAGGUCAAGGCCUUCACCGAUGAGGUCGCCAAGAGCGGCUCUUGGGAAGGGGAAAUGAUUGAGGGUUUUGUUGUCCGUGCCACGGUCAAGGACACGCCCAAGACUGCGUCCAGCCCGCCAUAUCUUCCCGGCGCUCCAUUCUUCUUCAAGGUCAAGUUUGAAGAACCUUACCUGCUCUACCGCCAGUUCCGCGAGACAACCCGAGCCAUGCUCCCACUUCUUGACAAGAUCAGCCCGGAGAAGGAGGCCGACCUCUGGAAGAAGAUUCGAUCUCGGACACGGCGGCCAGAGGUCGGUGUAUAUGCCGAGUGGUGCGGACGGAAGAUGAAGGAAGCCCCGGGGCUCUUCAAGAACUACGAGCGCGGAGUGGUCCGUGUCCGUGAGGUGUUCCUCAAGUGGAUUGAGGGAGAGGGCAAGGCGGCGUGGGAGUCAGCUAAGAACGGGACGUGGAAGGCCCAGUCAGCCAUCGCCGCCGAGACUGCCAAGGCGGUCAAAGACGCGUCUCGCGCGGGUUUGCCCAAGAAGUGGAUUCUCGUUCCCGUGGCUGUACCGGGAUGCGGCAAGACCACCGUCGGGACGGCCCUUGCCGAUCUGUUCGGCUUUGCCCACACCCAAAGCGACGACAUCGUGUCGAAGAAGAGCACGGCGGGCAAGUUCAAGCAGAACAUUGUCGAGCUGUUGAAGACGCACAAUGUCGUCUACGCCGACCGUAACAACCACAUUGACAAGCAUUACACUGAGCUCGCCGGAUUGCCCGAUGAGAAGCAGUUCGCGAAAGCGCUCAAGCCCUACGACGUUCGACUCGUCGCCAUCGUCUGGGACAUUGAUGCGCAGCCAUAUCACCGCCUUCUUCGCCUCUGCUCAGAACGAGUAGUCAAGCGCGGCGAUAACCAUCAGACUCUCCGCCCUGAUCGGACGGUUGACGCCGAGCACGAGGCCGUGGUUGCCAACUUCCUUCACAACUUUACCACGCCAGAUGCUUCGCUCUUCGACAAGCAGAUCGUUAUCGGCAUUGAAGACGACCAGCGCACCUCAUUGGGCAAGGCCGUCGAUGGGGUCGUGGAGGUGUUGGGAUUGAAGCGUCCAUCGGAGGAAGAAAUCGAUGCGGCAUUGGCAGCGGCACAGGCAUACAAGGUGACCACGCCGUUCCACGGCAUGACGCGCAUGGGCAAGCCUGUACGCUACUUUGGCCUCGCCCCCGAGAUCGACAUUGACGAGGUGGUGGGAGACGCACUCCGGAGCCCUAUGCCUGCAGCGGCUGCCGAGUCUGCCACCGCGUUCAUCAAGUCUCUCCGCGAGAAGCAGCGCAUCACCGCCCGGCCUCACAUCACCCUGUCGCACGAGAAGAAUGUCAAGGCUGAGCAGGACGCCGCCGGGGAGGGUGCAGCUCCCGGGCCCCACGCCAAGGCUUGGGCCACGUGCAAGACGCUUGCGGAGAAGGGCAUCGCGCCGAUUUACGAGUUUGACGUGACGCACCUUGCGUGGGACGAUCGGGUGAUGGCGCUCGUGGUCAGCAACAUCCGGCCGCAGGGUGAGACCGAGAAGGAGCGCGACGACCAGCGCGAGGCGGGUCUGGAACUGGUCCUGCCGGAAGAGGUCCAGAUGAACCUGCACGUGACGGUUGGCACGCAGUCGGAGACGAUCUCUGCGUUCGAGUCGCGCAGUGUCGUGCGCGCUGCGCGGGAAGCGAUCGCCAGAGGGCAGGGGACAGGCGAGGGCGGCGAGGCGGUCGAGGGCGGCGGAGCAGUGCAUUGGGUGGCGGUUGGGCCACUGAGUGGGACAGGCCGCAUCCGGGGCAUGUAUUGAGGCAAGCAGCAUGUGCAUUGGGCCAUCCAGAGAUACCAUUCAUCAUCGAUCACUUCUUGUUAUGCAUCUAUA